ACCCAGUAAGACAUAGGUACCCUGGCCUUCUUAAACCCUGCAACAAUAUACGAGUAUAUUUACCUGGGGUAAUCCCAGCUGUCUUCUAAGUAUUAAGCUUUAAAUGUAGACACCAUUGAAUACGAUCGUUUAAGUGCUGACGUUGAUUUUUUCGUUAGUCUUUCCAGAGAUGAAAUCUUGCACGUUUUGAUGUGUUGUUUAUAUGGCUAAUAAAAAGAUUCCCACUAAGGGCGGAGCUAUCGCUUCUCUCGUCAAAGGCCUACAUUCAGACACGAACAAACUGGCUAAUGCUUUUAACAACAGAAAGGAGGUCGAUGAUGCGAGAGCAGUCCUUGCCCCAGCAAACAAACACAUCUUCAUCAGCUACUGCCACAAAGACAAGGACACGGUGCACAAAAUUUACAGAAGUCUGAAGGCUGCCGGCUAUGAAGUUUGGAUCGAUAUAAACAACAUGGGGGGUAACCUACUUGAGGGAAUGGCCCUGGCUGUAGAGGACUCAUGGGUUGUCCUCUUUUGUAUGUCUAAACAUUACAAGGACAGUCCCAACUGUAGAACAGAAGCCGAGUACACAUUUCAACAACAUAAAGAGUACAUCAUUCUUCGUAUGACGUCGAGCUUUGUGCCAGAUGGAUGGCUAGGUAUGCUGUUAGGUGCUCGACUCUACUAUGAUUUCAGUGGAUCUAUACCCUAUGGGGAAAUAUUCAGGAAAUUACAAGACGAGCUGAAAGCAGUAAACGAGCGAGUGUUGGGAAGAAAAAACAUUUCUAAACAGCCACUUACAGCAAGGCGAUAACCUAUGAGUAUGAGAAGACAUUUUUGUUGGACAAAUACCUUACAAAGGAUAUUGCUGACUCUAUAUGACUCAACCAUUAUCUUGUAAACAAAACUUCAUGAUACGGGGACAAGGCUGUUUGGCUACAUUUGCUACUUUUCAUUACUUUAAGUCAAGUCUGUAGCCUUGCAGAG